AUGUCGAGAGAGAGUGGUAUGACAGGGGCCUCUAUCAUUCGUCGUCUGUACGCGCCCAGCAACAACGAGCGGCCGGCUAGGCAGGGGCCCUGCUACUCGCAACGCCUCUGGAUGGCCUGCGGUUCCGCCUUGUUCGCCGCACGAGAGCCCGACACAGCAACUGCCACAGAUAGAGAGGGCGGGCGCACCGUGUCUGUCACAUCGACCUACUUCCAAGGUUCCACCAAGGCCACGCGGAUCAGCACGUCUGUGCGCCUGCCCUCACCACCACACUCCCGCAGCCUGCAUCAGGGGCAGAUUGGAUAUACGCCGAACGAAAAACAUCUUUCUUGUUUUUGGGCCCUUGUGAAACGGCGGCAGCUCGUCGUGGAGAUGAAGUACGACGGCGAGUCUGCCAGAGGAGAAGAUCGUUAUCAGACAGGAAGUAGUUUGGGAUCAGCGUUCAUUUCUGAUAAACACUUAGUGCUCACGCAAGGGUCGGAUAUUCUCAACCCUACUGACUAA